CAUGCCUAGGAGGGCCGGGAGCGGUCAGCUGCCGCUACCCCGGGGCUGGGAGGAGGCCAGGGACUACGACGGCAAGGUCUUCUACAUCGACCACAAUACCAGGAGGACCAGCUGGAUCGACCCCCGGGACAGGUUAACGAAGCCCUUGUCAUUUGCUGAUUGUGUUGGGGAUGAGCUGCCGUGGGGAUGGGAAGCAGGGUUUGACCCUCAGAUUGGUGUCUACUACAUCGAUCACAUCAACAAAACCACACAGAUAGAAGAUCCAAGAAAACAAUGGAGAGGGGAACAGGAGAAAAUGCUCAAGGACUAUCUCUCAGUGGCCCAGGACGCACUCAGGACACAGAAGGAGCUGUACCACGUGAAGGAGCAAAGACUGGCAUUGGCCCUGGAUGAAUACGUGCGAUUAAACGAUGCCUACAAGGAAAAGUCAAGUUCUCGCACAAGCUUAUUCUCAGGAUCUUCAUCCAGUACUAAAUAUGAUCCCGACAUUUUGAAAGCUGAGAUCUCCACUACACGAUUAAGGGUUAAAAAGCUGAAGAGAGAACUCUCACAGAUGAAGCAAGAACUGCUCUAUAAAGAACAAGGCUUCGAAACGUUGCAACAAAUUGAUAAAAAAAUGUCUGGAGGCCAGAGUGGGUAUGAACUUAGUGAAGCCAAAGCCAUUCUAACUGAACUGAAAUCCAUCAGAAAGGCUAUUAGCUCAGGAGAAAAAGAGAAACAAGAUCUGAUGCAGUCUGAGCCAGAUUUGAGAUCUAGUCCUGUGAACUCUCAUUUAUCUCUCUCCAGACAGACCCUUGAUGCUGGGUCACAAACAAGCAUUUCCGGAGAUAUCGGAGUGAGAAGUAGAUCAAAUUUAGCUGAAAAGGUCAGGCUAAGCCUACAGUAUGAAGAAGCCAAAAGAAGUAUGGCCAACUUAAAAAUUGAACUGUCGAAAUUAGACAGUGAAGCCUGGCCUGGGACGCUGGAUAUUGAGAAGGAGAAACUGAUGCUGAUUAACGAAAAAGAAGAACUUUUGAAAGAGCUUCAGUUCGUCACUCCGCAGAAACGCACUCAAGACGAACUGGAGCGCCUGGAAGCGGAAAGGCAGCGGCUGGAGGAAGAGCUGCUGUCCGUGAGGGGAGCUCCCAGCAGAGCUCUGGCCGAGAGAUUGAGAUUGGAAGAGAGAAGAAAAGAGUUGCUGCAGAAACUUGAAGAAACUACUAAAUUAACUACGUAUUUGCAUUCACAACUUAAAAGCCUCUCUGCCAGCACCCUGUCCAUGUCGUCUGGGAGCAGCCUGGGUUCCCUGGCAUCCAGCCGGGGCUCUCUGAACACCUCCAGCAGAGGGUCGCUCAACUCACUGAGUUCCAGUGAGCUCUACUACAGCAGUCAGGGUGAUCAGAUAGACGUGGAUUAUCAGUAUAAACUGGACUUUCUUCUGCAAGAGAAAGGUGGUUACAUUCCUUCCGGACCCAUCACCACCAUCCAUGAAAACGAGGUGGUCAAGUCCCCCGGCCAGCCUGGCCAGAGUGGACUCUGUGGGGUGGCAGCUGCCGCAACAGGCCACACUCCCCUGCUGACUGAGGCCCCCAAGUCUGUGACCUCCCUGUCCUCGAGAUCCUCCCUUUCCUCCUUGUCUCCUCCGGGCUCUCCACUGGUUUUGGAAGGCACAUUUCCCAUGUCUUCUCAUGACGCCUCUCUCCAUCAGUUCACUGCUGACUUUGAAGACUGUGAAUUGAGUAGCCAUUUUGCAGACAUUGGCCUUGGCGAAAAUCAGAUCUUGCUGGAUUCUGAUUCAGGAGGAGCAUCCCAGUCUCUCCUAGAGGACAAAGACCUCAGUGAGUGUGCUCGGGAGCCACUCUAUGAAGGAACUACAGAUGUUGAAAAAUCUUUACCAAAAAGAAGAGUGAUCCACUUGCUUGGGGAGAAAACCACUUGUGUGUCGGCCGCUGUGUCUGAUGAGUCUGUGGCUGGAGACAGUGGGGUCUAUGAAGCCUUCGUGAAACAGCCUAAUGAAAUCGAAGAUGUUACAUACAGCGAAGAAGAUGUGGCCAUUGUGGAGACGGCCCAGGUGCAGAUAGGACUCAGAUACGAUGCAAAAAGUUCAAGUUUCAUGGUGAUUAUAGCACAACUCCGAAAUCUCCAUGCCUUCUUGAUACCUCAUACGUCAAAAGUAUAUUUUAGGGUUGCUGUACUUCCCUCCUCAACUGAUGUAAGCUGUCUAUUUCGAACAAAAGUCCAUCCACCCACAGAAUCCAUUUUAUUCAAUGAUGUGUUCAGAGUGGCCAUUUCGCAGACAGCCUUACAACAGAAGACACUGAGAGUGGAUCUUUGCUGUGUCAGUAAACACCGAAGGGAAGAAUGCCUGGCUGGAACUCAGAUCAGCCUGGCAGAUUUACCAUUUUCCAAUGAGAUUUUCACUCUAUGGUAUAACUUACUUACUUCCAAGCAAAUGCCUUGCAAAAAGAAUGAAGAAGAAAAUGAGGACUCUGUAUUUCAACCGGAACAGACACUAGUAGACUCUAUAGACUUGGAUGCAGUGUCAGCCUUACUUGCAAGAACAUCAGCUGAGUUGUUGGCUGUGGAACAAGAAUUAGCACAAGAAGAAGAGGAGGAGGAACCAGGGCAAGAAGAGCAAAGGGGUCCAGAUGGAGAUUGGUUAACAAUGCUAAGAGAGGCCUCUGAUGAAAUUGCGGCUGAAAAAGAGGCUGAAGUUAAAUUACCAGAGGGCAGUAUCUGUACAGAAGACUUAAGUUCAUGCGCUAGUGUGCCUGAGAUGAAUGAAGACAGGAGCAGGAAAGAAAACGACUGUGCCAAAGACCUCAGGAGUCAGCCACCCACUGGAAUACCAACCUUGUUAAAUCGGAGUGACAGUGACAGUUCGACCCUGGCUAAAAAGUCACUGUUUGUGAGGAACUCCACUGAACGGCGCAGUUUGAGAGUCAAAAGGACUGUUUGCCAACCAGUCCUUAGAAGAACAGCACAAGAAUGCCCAGUGCGUACAUCUCUAGACUUAGAACUGGAUCUUCAGGCAUCUCUGACCAGGCAGAGUCGCCUCAACGAUGAGCUGCAGGCCCUGAGGGGCUUGCGGCAAAAGCUGGAGGAACUGAAAGCUCAGGGAGAGACUGACCUUCCACCAGGUGUGCUGGAGGACGAGAGGUUCCAGAAGCUCCUGAAGCAAGCUGAGAAGCAGGCUGAGCAAUCGAAAGAAGAGCAGAAGCAAGGUUUGAGUGUGGAGAAGUUGAUGCGGCAGGCCUCCAAGGACGUGUGUCGGCUUCGGGAGCAGAGCCGGAAGGUGCCUCGGCAGGUGCAGUCCUUCAGGGAGAAGAUCGCCUACUUCACCAGAGCGAAGAUCAGCAUCCCGUCCCUGCCGGCUGACGACGUGUGAUUACCUGGUUUAAGAAAUUGUUUCUUCACCUGUUCACUUUCUUAGGGCGAAAGACCUAAACAUUUGUUUUUUUGUUUUGUUCGGGUUUUUGGGUUUUUUUGUAACAUAACUGUCAACUCUCGAACUUUUAUUUCACAUCAGAUUUUCAACAUGUUAAUUUGUAAAGUACUUUGAAUGUAAUUCUUAUAUGCUUAAA